AUGCAGGCAUUGCUAUAUGCCUCUGCCCUCGUCUCUGCCACUUCUACCACGACCAGCGCCGCAGACGGCCUGACCACGGCAGCCGGCGCAAAGUCUUCUUCCCUCGGCACCGUCUUAGUCAAUGGCACCUCAAGAACAUACUCCGUCCCUUUCACCGUCCCCGCGGCGGCAGAUGUCGGUCCGAACAUCCUGCCGAACAUCUACGAUCCCAAGGCCAAGAUAUCACAGGACCUCUGUCCUGGGUACAAGGCCACCAAUGUCAAGAACACGACGACGGGCAUGACCGCCAGCCUUACGCUGGCCGGAUCUCCGUGCAAUGCCUACGGCACCGACGUCAAGAACCUGGAUUUCGUCGCGGAGGUGCAAUCAAAUCACCGACUAAACGUCCAGAUCCAGCCCACGUACCUAGGCAGCUCCAAUACCAGCUGGUAUGUGCUGCCGAAUCAACUCGUCUACCAGCCGCCUUCGAACGGAACCGCGCAAGACGUGCAAGACAUUGAUCUGGCAUUCUCGUAUUCCAACCAUCCCACGUUCUCCUUCAAGAUCACUCGCAAGUCGACUGGCGAUGUCAUCUUUGAUACGACGGGCAGCGUGCUCGUCUACGAGGACCAGUUCAUCGAGUUUGUGAGCCAGCUUCCGGAGGAGUACAAUCUCUACGGAAUGGGCGAGAGAAUUCACGGCCUCCGACUUGGCAACAACUUCACCGCGACCUUCUGGGCUGCCGACGCCGGUGACCCAAUCGACAGGAACAUUUACGGCAACCACCCCUUCUACCUCGACACUCGCUACUACUCGGUCGACAACUCCACCGGCAACCGAACCCUCAUCACCACCCAGAACGUUUCCGCGACCGAGACCUACGAAAGCUACAGCCAUGGCGUCUAUCAACGCAACGCACACGGCAUGGAGGCCCUGAUGCUGCCCACCAACAUCACGUGGCGAUCUCUCGGCGGCAACAUCGAUCUCUACUUCCUCGACGGCCCCGAGCCAGCGAAUGUGACGCAGCAGUAUCUGAGCGAGGCUGUUGGUCUGCCGGCCAUGCAGCAGUACUGGGCAUUCGGCUUCCAUCAGUGCAGAUGGGGCUACGCCAACUGGAGCGAAGUCGAAGCUGUUGUCGACAACUACCGCAAAUUCGACGUUCCCCUCGAGACGAUCUGGACUGACAUCGAUUGGAUGUUCCAGUACCGAGACUUCGAGAACGAUCCGAUCCGCUACCCCUAUGCCGAAGGAGAAGCGUUCCUUGCGCGCCUCGCUGCCAACAAUCAACAUUAUGUCCCAAUCAUCGAUUCUGCGCUCUAUAUUCCUGACCCCAACAAUGCCAGCGACGCCUACCCGGUGUACAACAGAGGCCAUGAUCUGGAUGUGUGGCUUCACAACCCGGAUGGCACAGAGUACAUUGGCGAUGUGUGGCCUGGCUACACUGUGUUCCCCGACUGGGACUCCUCGAACGCAGGAGAGUGGUGGGCCAACGAGUUGCAGAUGCAUCACGACAAGAUCGCGUGGAGCGGCAUCUGGAUUGACAUGAGCGAGGCCUCCUCCUUCUGCGUUGGCAGCUGUGGUACCGGCAACCUCUCCCUCAACCCUGUGCACCCACCAUUCGCUCUGCCUGGCGAGCCGGGCAGUGUUAUUUACACUUAUCCCGAGGGCUUCAAUCUCACAAACGCCACCGAGGCCAGCGUUGCCGCUUCCCUCUCCGCCUCUCAAGCUUCCGCCAACGCCAAAGCAACCCCAGCGGUGACUACAACGAUGCCCUACUUCACCCCGACCAUCACUCCCAACGCGCGAAACGUGAACAACCCGCCAUACGUGAUCAACAACGUCAACGGAGCGCUGGGCGUGCAUGCCGUCAUCCCCAACGCCACGCAUCAGACCGGCGUGGAGGAAUAUGACGUGCACAACCUCUUCGGCUACCAGAUCAUCAACGCCACCUACAACGGUCUCCUCAAGGUCUUCCCUGGCAAGCGACCCUUCAUCAUCGGCCGAUCCACUUUUGCCGGCUCCGGCACACAGGCUGGUCACUGGGGUGGUGAUAAUACGUCGCUGUUUGCGUACAUGUACUUCAGCAUUUCGCAGGCGUUGAACUUUGCGCUGUUUGGUAUUCCCAUGUUUGGUGUCGAUACUUGCGGAUUCAACAGCAACUCUGACGAGGAGCUUUGCAAUCGCUGGAUGUCCACGAGCGCCUUCUUCCCCUUCUACCGCAACCACAACACCCUCUCGGCAAACUCCCAAGAAGCCUACAUCUGGGAGUCCGUGAUCGACGCCUCCAAGCGCGCAAUGGCCAUCCGCUACUCCCUGCUCCCCUACAUCUACACCCUCUUCUACCAAGCCCACACCACCGGUAGCACCGUCAUGCGCGCCCUCGCCUGGGAAUUCCCCACCGAGCCCACGCUCAAGGACCUCGACAACCAAUUCCUCCUCGGUGGCGCCCUCAUGGUCGUCCCCGUGCUCGGCCAAGGCCUGACGGAAGUCGGCGCCUACUUCCCCGGCAUCGCGCAAGGGCAAGUCUGGUACGAUUGGUAUACCCAGGAAGCCGUGGAGGCAACUGCCGGCGUGAACAAGACGAUUGCUGCGCCUCUGAGCCACAUCCCUGUUUACCUGCGCGGCGGCUCUAUCCUGCCUCAGCAGGAGGCGCUCUACACGACAGAGGAGUGCCGCAACAGCCCGUGGAGUCUAUUGGCCCCUCUGGACAGCAGCGGCUCCGCCAGCGGCCAGCUGUACGUCGACGACGGCGUGAGCGUCGUGCCGAACGCGACGUUGAUUGUGGACUUCACCGCUGCGAAUGGCAGCUUGUCCGCCAAGGUCAGCGGCUCGUAUCCCGAUACGAACGCGCUGGCGAAUGUCACGCUCUUGGGCGUGCAGAGCCAGCCGAGCGUUGUCUCUUUGAACGGGAACAAUGUCACUGCCGGCGUGGCGUACAACAGUACUAGCAAGGUGUUGAGCAUCAAGGGUCUGCAGAAUGCGACGAGCAGUGGUGCCUGGGCGAAAGACUGGACUCUGUCUUGGUCUUAG